UGUGUGUCACCGGAGAACUCUUCAGUUGAGCUUUUUACAUCUGCUCUCCCAGUGUGAAAACCAACAGUCAUGGACCGUAAGAUUGGAGAAAAUAAAAACUCGACUCCAACCAGAUGGAAGUCUACAAAAUCCAACGUGGAGAUAUCGGACACAAACAGUGCCACCGUUCUACAGACCGUGCCACAGUCCACAGUCAGAAGUUGACAGUACAGUCGGAGCAGAUCAGGUUUCUCCUCGACUACAAUGGUGUGUGUGUGAGCCACACACCCUGCUGUUCAGUGACCGGAGCUCAGAGUGCUGCGACUGCCCUUCACCCUGCAGCCACGUUUGACCAGAGGACACGGAGCGAGCUGGUGGACCGCGCAGGAGGGAAGUGGUCAGUGUGUACUUCUGUGUUUUUGUUCUUAACACGGGGACGGUCAGGCAGAGUUCCAGGUUGAACCUGCAGCUGUGCUGUUUAUAGGAAUAAUACAACGGUGGUAAAAACAGCUGCUGUGAGGAUGCUCUUAGGCUCAGUCUGUGUCGUACACUUUUCUCCAUAAACCCACUUCCCGGUGGCCAGCGGCCUCCGCUUGUUGCCUCUGUACACAUGGGUGAGAACAUGAGGGUCUGGAGGUCAAAGGGCAGUCACGCAUCGCUGAGACUGGUCGUCGUUGGAGUGAUGCUGCUGACACUGGCUCAGUCCGGGUCUGUCCCUCCACAGACGGUCUGUGGGGGACUUCCUCAUCAGAACGUCACCCAGCCUGAGUACGUGGCCCUGAGGGCGACGAAUGGCAGUGGAGACGUGAUGGCAGAUCUGGUGGGACCUUUUCUGAACGUGGUCCAGCCCAAACCGUUCCCUCGAGACCUGUUCUUCAACUUAACCAAUGCUUUUACAUCUGAAACUCCGGUCGAUUAUUCUCGACUCCAGAGUCGUAUUGUUGCACAUUUUACCGGCUUUUGGAUCGGUGCAGGGAUUCUGCUGGCCUACGUGGUCCUGAUGCCCAUAUUGGGCCUCAUAUUGGCGUGUUGCCGUUGCUGUGGUAACUGCGGUGGGAGGAUGUACCAGGAGAAGACGAACUCCCUCCACUGUGAGAGGAGAACGUUCUACUGGGUCGUGCUCAUCACCUCCGUCUUCAUCCUUGCUGGGAAUGUUUACAUGUUUAUUAACAACCAAGCCUUCAAAGAUGGUCUGGACCAGACUCCGACGGAGCUCAACAGCACUCUCACCAACGUCUUAAGGUUCACAGAGGCUUUGCCUGAGCAAAUUUCCUCUGUGGUGAAUGAAUCCAAUACAACCUUGGAGGCAAUAUCCAGGAACUUAGACGACGUUGGACGUCAGUUGGGAGGACCGAUCCAGGAGAAAUUCCGUUCAUAUGUGGACCCAGUGCUUCAGUCGCUGUUGUUACUAGACCGAGAGACCAGAAGCAUCAGCACUGAACUCCAGAGCCUGAACUCCUCCUUGACUCAGUUACAGUCCAGCAUGGAUCGUAUGCAAGAAAAUGUCACUCAAGUUAAAGACAUCAUCAACAACAACAUCCAUUUGCAUCAAAAUGCUGAAAUAAGUGAAGCUCUUGAUGAACUCACAGAGGACAAUUACCAACAUGUUCCCAAUCUGAAUGAGUUCCAGUCGGCGGUGGACGAAGUUGUCAGGAAAAAUCUGACGUCAACAACCAAGGAGGUGGAGAACUCCUUCAACAACAUCCCACAGACGGUGGAACGCGAGACCAGCAGCGCAGUUCAACAAACCAAACAAGCGCUGGAUGGCCUUAGAGGAACGAUCUCCGAUGUCGCCAGCAAGUUCAAUGAAAUCGACUUCCUGCAAAAGCUGUCAGACAUCAUCACCACCGAGGUUUACCCCAACCUCAACAGAUUCACCCCAGCCUACAGAACCUACACAGACAUUUGGUGGAAGUGUGGCUUCGCAGUGUGCAGUUUGGUCCUGCUGGUAGUGCUGUGUAACUGCAUGGGAUUGUUCCUGGGCGUCGUGGGUCUGAAACCCAAAGUGGAGCCCACCAUGCGCUCCCAGACGUCAAACUGUGGAGGCACAUUCUUCCUGGCGGGCUCAGGGUUCAGUUUCAUCUUCUCCUGGAUUUUAAUGAUCGUGGUUUUGGUGCUGUUCUUUGUGACCGGGAACAUUUACACUCUCGUCUGUCGACCGUUGAGAAAUGGAAAACUCCUGGAGGCUGUUGAUUCUACAGACUAUAUCUCCAACCUGGGCCAGUCUUUAGGAUUUAACGUCAACAUUAGUGUCAAAGGUAUCUACAGUGACUGUAAGGACAACAAGCCCUUGUGGACAACACUGCAGCUGCAUGAAGUCAUAAACCUUGAUGAAAUAAUGAAUGUUUCUCAGUACGUAGAACAAGCGCAGCAGCUGUUUGACAGUACACACAUCAACUUGUCCUCAGUCACUCUCCUCGAGCCGGAUGUUGACCGGCAGCUCAGAGAUUUCAGCACCAAGGCCAGGAGUUUCAACUCCACUGACACCACACACCAGAUUGCCAAGAUGUCCAGGAUCAAUCUGAACUCAACAGCAGAUAAACUGGACCAACUGGGGUCACAAAACGAGGCCAGUAAUCUGAGGGGAAUUCAGGCCACAUAUGAAACAACCAUCAUCCCUCAACUGGAAAAUGUGAAUGUGUCUGUCAGGAAUCUUCAGUCCAAUGCAGAAAACAUCUCUGGAGAGGUGGAGGAGUUACUGAGAAAUCUAGAAGCGGCACAAACCUUUCUCCGAACAAAUACCACACAGAUCAUCCGGACAGAGAGCAGGAAGUUCCUGGACUGUCAGAUCGGUCACAUCAUCAGUUACAAAGAGUGGGCGUCCUCCAUGAUCACACAGCAGAUCGGACGCUGUCAGCCUGUGGCGGGAAUGGUAGACUUUGUGGACGUCGUCUUCUGUUCCUCUCUGGUGGAGCCUAUGAAUUUGUUCUGGUCCAGUCUGCUCUGGUGCUUGGUCUUCUUCAUCCCCAGCAUCAUCUUCUCCAUCCUACUGGCCAAGUACUACAGGAGGAUGAAACACUCUUGAUAACGAGUAAGAAGCACAAAAUAAUAAAAAAAAAUUAUAUAUAUAUAUAUAUAAAUAUAUAUAAACCCUUGGACCUCGUACAAUUUGGACCUCUCCCAAAAAGUUCAAUAAAUUUGACCCUUUGAGACUGACCAAAAUUCGGACUUUGACUGACUUAAAGAUGGCCGACGCCGGCUGUUGGAUAUCAAGAAGCAUCAGUUGCGCGUCUCUGUUUGUUGUGGUCGGACGUUGUCGUCUUGCUGUGCUACAGUGUCUUAAUUCUCUGUACUAUUAGCCCUUUAUAAUGGCUCCAAAGAGAGAAACUGCAGCCAGUACAGCUGCAGGCUGUGGGAAGAGGAAAGUAGUGCAGAACUCAACCAAAAAAAAUUCAAGAAAAUAAAUAAUUGAAAAGCAUCAAGCGUGUGUAUGAGUGACAGACCUGGCCAAAGAGUGACGCAUGGCCAAAUCCACCGGGAGCCGCCUGCUGAAACUGUGACAAACAAUAGAGUGAAACUGCUGUGUUUGCACACGGAUGAAAGAUGAGACGUGAGGAACCGGAAAACUUCAGACGUUCGUGCAGCUACUGAUUUUAUAACUGCCGGAUUUUUUUAUUUUACCCUAGUUCUUAAUAACAUUUAACAUUUAUAUAUAUAUAAAAAAGAAAUGCACUGAUUCAGUGACGGCAGGGGAGUUACAUGAUACAUAUCAAACAGCAAACGUCAAUUUAAAAAAUACUUCAGGGACAUUUUUUGGAGAUUUCUUUUGUUGAGUUAAUAUAUAAAUAACUGGUGAACAGUGGUUUGUCAUUUUUCAGUUGUGUCUGCUGCUGGCAGAAAAGAGAGACACACAAACACGUUGUUAUUGACCCAGAUAACUGUUACUGCUAACUGUUUUUUCUGUGUAUGGUUUUAAAUGUUAGGAGAAAAUGACUUAAUUAAAGGAAGAGUCCAACUGUUUCAACAGGUUUAUUUUUAGGACAGAAAAUAUCUGAUCUAAGUCCUUAUCUUUGACUAAUGACAUGUUUUUUACCUCUUGUGCUCAAAAUAUUAUUACAAGUGCCAUGCAACACAAGGUUUUCCUUUUUUUCCCUUUUCUUACUAUAAAUACUAGUACGUAGUUAGUUGUAUCCACCCACAAGGGUGUGGGCUCUAACAGACAUGAGUACUGAAGGUGAAGUCAUUUUCACACUGCUGUUUCACAGUUAAACACACCAGUGCCUUGGGAACUUUAAUGUUAAAAAUAGCACUUAAAAAAAAUUCACUCCAUGUUCAAAUAAAUUAUCUUGUUUUUUUCUUACUAAGGCUACAGGCAAUAUAAAGUGAUGGCACUAUUUAAAAAUAACAAAAUGAAAAUAAAUUGAAUUUACUGAUUUUCUUUAUGAUUUUUUUUUGUUUUACAAAAACAUUUCAGAUGUAGCUUACUGUAUUUCGGUGUUUUAAUUUCAUUAUGUGAUUUUUGCACACAACGUUGUGUUGUGGUCUUACAUUUCCAUCUCUUGCUUU